CUUAAUGUUAUUGUUUGCUUUGACGGCAUUAAUUUGAUGAUUAAUGGGAGCGAUUUUGGCUAAAUACUGCAGUCUCGUUAUCAGUCCCCUUGCAUUUUCUCUAGUGCUGGUUCGGAGAAAACCGAAAGAACAGGAGGUCAAGCGCACUAGGUAGGGCAAGUGUUCCCAAACCUUUAUCAUCGCAAUCCAACUGAUCCUCAUUAUCGGUAUUCUGGUAUGCUCUUAUCGAUACAGUCCCUCAAAGACUGGCUCAAAGACGGUCUAGGUUUACAACAUGCAGCUUCAGGUCUAUGACGUAGUGCUCCAACAUUCUCUUUCCACCGUAUUUACUGUCUCUCAUGCUUAAACACGACCAUAAAUGCGUCUCAGAUAUCACGAUGGCUGACUUUGCGGCAAGGCGACAAGAAAACAUCAAGCAAAAUGAGAUGCUUCUCAGUGAACUCAAGAAUCCCGUACCCAAGGUCGAUUCUCAAUCCAAGCCUGCCAGCAGAAGCGUUAAACGUAAGACCAGUUCACCACACAUGCCUACAAGGCAGUCCAGGCGCAUAGCGGAAGCCAGCACAAAACCGAGUUACAAUGAAGAUCGAGAUGAUGUAUCCGUAUUACAGACAUCCACCAGAACUACCAAAAAGAGUCGAACAAUCAACAACAACGUUGUGCAAUCAACAAGUUCAAAUCCUGAAUCAAACACUCAAAACUCCAGAGACGUCAAGUCUAUCAUGGACGGGUGGAUAGGAUGGAAACCAGAAGCUGACGAGCCGACGCGCGAUGCUUCUGGAGCGUUUCAUUUUGAUUCCAAUCCUGAUUUCCGGCCCAACAAAUCCCCAGAAGAGAUCAUCCGCGAGGGAAGUUUUGGCGGCUCCUACUGGCGGCCUUUAUUCUCCAAACAUCUUGGAGUCACUAUACAAGAUGAUUGGAGAGAGCUACCAUCCUCAUGGACUGCGGGCUUGAACGUGGAAGAAUAUCUCACCAGCGACGCAUACAACCCUGAGAUAAAUAAAUACGGCGUCGCAUGCGGGCAAAGAAUUGAAGAAUGGGAAGCAGCUGGCUGGAUCGCCCAUGAGUACGACGUUCGGGGCUGGUUUCAAUGGUAUUGUCGCUUUUGGAUGGGCCGUCGAUGUUCUGAUGACGAGCGCCAGAUCAGCCGUUGGAAGAAGUGUGUUGGCGAGACGGGUCGUUGGCGACGGAUAUUGCUGAAAAAAUACGUGACUUUGGGGAUACGAACGGUAUUCGCAGACGAUGGUAGAGAAGAAGAUGAUGUUGAUGUGAGCCCUGCAGUGCAUCAGACGUGCCACCACUGGGCAUAUGAAGUUCGACAAGACGCUUUGGAGAGAUUCUGGGCUGACGGGAAAUGACAUGCAUUAUCACAGAUAAAGACUUAAG